UUCGAGCUCGAAAAAGGGGAUACCUUCUCCUCUUCGCCAACCUCCGAUGCCCUUGGCCAUUGGAGCACGAGAAGGAACGCCAUCGGAGAACCAGAAGAGGAUUAGGCUCCGGGGAGGACGGAACGAUGGGGAACAAGAUCGCGCGGACGACGCAGAUGUCGGCGUCGGAGUACUAUCUCCAUGAAUUGCCUUCGUCGUACAAUCUUGUGCUCAUCGAGGUUCUGGGAAGCGGCCGUUUCUUCAAGUCCAUCCUUUGCAAACACGACGAGGGUCUCCUCCUCGUCAAGGUUUACUUCAAGCGUGGCGAUCCCCUUGACCUCAAGGAGCAUGAGAGGAAGCUUUUGGAGAUUAGGGAAAUAUUCCGCAAAGGAGAUCAUCCCCAUGUUUGGCCUUUCCAAUUUUGGCUGGAGACGGAUAAGGCUGCCUAUCUUUUGAGGCAGUACUUCUUCAGCAACCUUCAUGAUCGGCUAAGCAUGCUCCCCAAGCUGAGUCUCAUUGAGAAAAAAUGGCUUGCGUUUCAGUUACUUUGUGCAGUGAAGCAUAGCCAUGAGAAUGGUGUUUGCCAUGGUGACAUCAAAUGCGAAAAUGUUCUUGUGACCUCUUGGAAUUGGCUGUACCUAGCAGACUUUGCUUCAUUCAAGCCAACUUAUAUCCCAGAUGAUGAUCCUUCCGAUUUCUCAUUCUUCUUUGACACUGGUGGUAGGAGGCGAUGCUAUCUUGCCCCAGAGAGAUUUUAUGAGCAUGGUGGUGUUGAGACACAAAUUCCAUCUGAUGCAACUUUAAAGCCAUCAAUGGACAUCUUCUCUCUUGGGUGUGUUAUUGCUGAGCUUUUCCUUGGAGGGCAACCUUUGUUUGAGUUGUCUCAGUUACUUGCUUACCGUCGGGGACAGUAUGAUCCUAUGCAAAGCCUUGAAAAGAUCCAGGAUGCUGGCAUCCGGAGAAUGAUUCUUCAUAUGAUUCAGUUGGACCCAGAGUCCAGGCUUUCAUGUGAAAGCUACUUGCAGACUUUUGCAAGUGAUGUGUUCCCCAGCUACUUCUCACCAUGUCUUCAUAGCGUCUUUUCCUGCUUGGUUCCUCUCGACUCUGAUAAAAGGGUUGAAGUGAUACAAAGGGCUUUCCAAGAGAUACAUAAGCAAAUGAUCAGUGAUAGGUCAACGCUUGAUGCUUCUGCUGAGUUAUUCCCAGAUUCCAGUCUUGGAAGAAAUGAUCUUUCGCAUCAUAUGGAACCUGGGAGACAAAACAUGACUUUGAUGAAGCAUUCUUUGAAGGAUGGAGAAAAUCUUGCAAAUGGGUUAAUUGGUGGCCAUUUUCAGCUUGUUUCUGAUCUUAAUUCUCUUCUGAAGGAGGUACAGCAAAGGAAUAAAAACUCACAUUCUAAGGCCAUGGUGGAGGGUGCCUCAAAUGCCUUCUUGCAUCACUCUGGUUCUGAUCCUGCUAGAUAUGCCCUCCAUGCUAAGCACUAUAAACAGCUGCCUUCAAAUGAACUAAUUCAAAAUUCAAAACAAAAUAAAGAUGAAGCUUUAUCUUUGGAGAGGAUUCUCAAGAGCAACCUAAUCGCUUUGAUCUCUGGGUAUGAUAUCCAAUCAGAUACUUACAACAUUCCUGUUUUACCAAGGGAGGAGAGCCAGUUAAGUUGUGAAGGCAUGGUUCUAAUUGCAUCUCUGUUGUGCUCAUGUAUUCGAAGUGUUAAGCAGCCACAGUUGAGAAGGGUGGGUGUACUGCUAUUGAAAUCUUCUUCUUUGUACAUUGAUGACGAAGAUCGCUUACAACAUGUGCUUCCCUAUGUUAUUGCAAUGCUAUCAGAUCCAGCUGCAAUUGUGCGUUGUGCUGCUUUGGAGACAUUGUGUGAUAUUUUGCCCCUAGUCCAAGAGUUUCCUCCGAGUGAUGCAAAGAUAUUUCCAGAAUAUAUCCUUCCAAUGCUUUCUAUGCUUCCAGAAGAUCCAGAAGAAAGUGUAAGGAUCUGUUAUGCGAGUAACAUAUUCAAAAUUGCAUUUACUGCUUACAGGUUGUUGCUUCAGUCCAAAAAGUCCAACGAGGCAGGUUUUAGGGAUAAGUCGCUUCAAAAGUCUCAGUCUCCUACUGCAGAAUCACAUGUGAACAAAGAUUUUGAUACCCAACUUUCCCAGUUAAGGAGAGCAAUAGCUGACGUUGUUCAAGAACUUGUAAUGGGCUCUAAGCAAACUCCAACAAUAAGGAGAGCCCUCCUGCAAGAUAUUGGUCAUUUAUGUUUCUUCUUUGGUCAGAGGCAAAGCAAUGAUUUUUUGUUGCCUAUCCUUCCAGCUUUCCUUAAUGACCGAGAUGAGCAGCUAAGGACUGUUUUUUAUGGGCAAAUAAUCUUUGUCUGCUACUUUGUGGGUCAACGAAGUGUUGAGGAGUAUCUCUUGCCUUAUAUUGAGCAAGCUCUGAGUGACUCGAUGGAGGCUGUCAUUGUCAAUGCAUUAGAAUGUUUGACCAUGCUCUGCAGAAGUGGUUACUUGAGAAAAAGGAUACUUCUGGAUAUGAUUGACCGUGGGUUUCCCUUGUUAUGUUAUCCAAUCCAGUGGGUCAGACGCUCUGCCGUCACCUUCAUUGCUGCAAGUAGCGAGAGUUUAGGACCAGUAGAUACUUAUGUUUACCUAUCUCAAGUUUUACGCCCUAUUCUUCAAAGAGAACCAGCAUCUUUGUCUUCUGAGGCAUCUCUUCUUUCAUGCCUUAAGCCUCCUGUCUCCAAACUGAUGUUUUAUCAAGCCCUUGAUAAUGCUAGGAAUUCUGAUAUGCUGGAGAGGCAGAGAAAGAUAUGGUACAACUCAGCUGCAUAUACAAAUCAGUGGGAAAAUAAUGAAACAAAUAAGACAGCAGGAGAUUCAAAUCAGGUGAAAAGUUCUAGUGGGAAGGACUCCAGUGGACAGAAUGACAGCUAUGCUGCUAUGCAGAAAACAUCUAUACUUAGCACUGAGGAACCUGCUAAAUUGAAGACUGGAAGCUCUGUCCAAAAUGCUGGUCCAUUAGAUGGAAGGGAUACUCACUGCUCUGAGAAGUUGCAGUUUUCUGGUUUUGUUAAUCCACAUGUUAGCGGGGGAGACAGUUUUCUGUGUGAUGGACCAUCUGAAGGAAUUCCUCUAUACUCUGUUUUUGCAGAUAAACAGACCACAGGAGCAGUUCCUUCUGGAUUUGAUUCCUUAUUGUAUGGGAAUCCCUUAGGAGGUGCAUCAUCCAUGCGCUGGUUGGAUCCUGUUAGUAAGUCAUUGACUAUGUCUAGUUCGGUUCCACCUAAGCUGAUUUCUGGUUCUUUUUACAAUAUAAGUAGUAGUUCCAAGGUAUUCAAAGCUUCACAUGAUAAUGCUGGCAAAGAUAAUGGCCAAUCUAGUUAUAUCACCAGUAGGUUUCAAGAUGCCACCAUUUCUGAUACUUUAAAAGGGAGCACGUCUAUUGCUGGAGAUGAUGGAGCACAAUCUGAUGCAAGUGGAUUCUCAUCCUUUGGCAGGGGAUCAUCAUCAGCUCCAGACAUUGGAUGGAGGCCUCGUGGAGUUUUAGUAGCGCAUAUGCAAGAACAUCGUUCUGCUGUGAAUGACAUAGCAGUAUCAAAUGAUCAUAGCUUCUUUGUGACUGCCUCACAUGACUCCACUGUUAAAGUGUGGGAUACUAGAAAGUUGGAGAAGGACAUAUCCUUUCGGUCUAGGUUAACUUAUUCUUUGGAUGGGAGUAGAGCUUUAUGCACUACAAUGCUUGGCGGUACUACCCAAGUGGCUGCUGGUUCUUCUGAUGGGAAGAUACACUUGUUUUCUGUUGAUUGCAUAUCCAGAGGGUUGGGCGGUGUGGCUGAGAGAUACUCUGGUAUUGCUGAUAUCAAGAGGAAAGAUGUUGGAGAGGGUGCUAUACUUAGUCUCUUGAACUGCUCUGCUGCUGAUAGCUCUGUUGGUCAAACAAUACUUUACAGCACACUAAGAUGUGGAAUCCAUCUAUGGGAUACCCGUGCAGAUGGGGAAACAUGGAUAUUCAGAAUCCCUCCAGAGGAGGGGUAUGUCUCUUCUCUUGUAAUGGGUCAAUGUGGAAAUUGGUUUGUCUCUGGGUCAUCUAGGGGUGUGCUUACAUUGUGGGAUAUGAGGUUUCUUCUGCCUGUUAAUACUUGGCAUUAUCCUGUGGUAUGCCCAGUGGAGAGAACAUGUUUACUCACCGCACCCACAAGCUCUGGUUCUGCAAUGACAAGACCAUUGGUUUAUGUUGCUGCUGGGUGUAAUGAAGUUUCCCUUUGGAAUGCUGAGAAUGGAAGCUGUCACCAGGUACUUAAAGUAGCAAGCAGUGAGAGUGAUACUGAAUUUUCCCAUAUCCCUAGGGCAUCAGCAAGACCAUCUAGCAAGUCAAGUUCUAAGCAAGACACAAAGCGGAAUUCUGGUGCGAAAUACAGAAUUGAUGAGUUGAAUGACCCUUCUUCCCGGCAUCCUGGAAUAAGGUCCAUGCUUCCGCUGCCAGGCGGAGACUUAUUGACUGGGGGGACUGACUUGAAGAUAAGAUAUUGGGAUAAUGCCAGUCCUGCAAGAAGUUUCACUGUUUGUGGGCCAUCUACAAAAGGCGUCCCAAACGAAGAUUAUUAUGAUGUGAGCUCUAGUUUUGGAGUGCAGGUUAUGCAAGAGAAGAACAGGCGAGUUCCAUUGAACAAGUUGACUCAAAAGGCUCUCCUUGCCACGGCUGCUACUGAUUCCGCUGGUUGCCACCGGGACUCUAUUCUCUCCUUAGCUACUGUCAAGUUAAAUCAAAGACUUCUGAUAUCAAGUAGCAGAGAUGGUGCUGUUAAGGUGUGGAAAUAGAAAUAAUGAAAGCAUGUGAUACGUUCUUGACUUAAAUUUGUACAUAAUUAGUAGAUGAAUUAAAAGGGAAAACCCACUUUGAUGUAUAUAAUUAGUUCAAUAAUUUAUAAAAAAUGUAAUUUUUGUUUUCUUCUUUCUCUUAUAAUCCUAGUGGAAUUCUUCUUUCAA